AUGGAUGAAACCAACGGCCGAAGAGAAACUCACGAUUUCAUGAACGUCAACGUUGAAUCCUUCUCUCAGCUUCCUUUCAUCCGCCGUACUCCUCCCAAAGAAAAAGGCGCCAUUAUUCGUCUCUUCGGCCAAGAGCUCGUCGGAGAUAACUCCUCUGGUGCUCAACAAGAAGACUUGGUUGCAGAUUCUUCUGAACCCACAACUACCAAGAAAGAAGAGAGCUCUGAGAAUGCCAAGGACAAGGAAAAAGACAAGGACAAAGACAACAACAGCAAUAACAGAAGAUUCGAGUGUCACUACUGUUUCAGAAAUUUCCCCACUUCUCAAGCCCUAGGUGGACACCAAAACGCUCACAAACGCGAACGCCAACACGCCAAACGCGGUUCCAUGACGUCAUACCUUAAUCAUCAAUAUCAUCAUCAGCCUGACCCUCACCACGUCUACGGCUUCCUCAACAACCACCACCACCGUCACUACCCCUCGUGGACGACGGAACCUAGAGUCUACGGUGGUGGAGGAGGAGGACAACAAACACCGUCGUCGUAUUACUCACGCACUCUUCCUCCUCCUUCUUCUAUCCCACCGACAAUCAACGGAAGUCCUUUGGGUUUGUGGCGUGUACCUUCUUCCACGUCAGCAAACGCUAUUCAUGGCGUUUACUCAGCUUCAUCAGCUUCCACGUUCAGGACGCAUGAGCAGGAGACCAAAGAGACGAAUUGGCCCUAUAGAUUGAUGAAACCCAAUGUGCAAGAUCAUGUGAGUCUCGAUCUUCAUCUAUGA